UGUUGUAUUGUUAGAGUUUGUAAAUCGAAAUCAUUGGCUGGAUUUAAUAAAAGUUCCAAAUUAGUUCGAGAGUAAGCAACGACUUCAUUUAGUUUCCUGCUACGUCCGCCUCACACGUGCUCCUUUGAACAAGAUUUGCAGACAGUUCAGAAUUAUGGCUGGGAUCUCUGCUGUGGAUGAUAACAACCACGUUGAAAAAGAAUCACAAACUUCAACAAAAACCGAAAGUGAACAAGCCGGCAAUGCAAAUAAUGUAGUUGUGAACGGAUGUCACGAUGACAAAGAAGCAAUGCAGAACUCUGAGGAAUGUAAAACAGCUAAAGAUACCGAAGAGAAAAUGUCCAGUGAAAAGGAUCCAUCUGAAAAAGAUUCUGUUCCUGCAACGAAUGAAAACGAAAAGAACAAUGAACAAGAAAUUGUCUUGAUUCAGGACACAGGUUUUACUGUGAAAAUUGUAUGUCCAGGAACAGAACCAUUUGAUCUCACUGUAAGUUGUAUGGAACUUGUUCAAGAGAUCCACCAAGUUUUGAUGGAUCGGGAAGAUACUUGCCAUAAGACCUGUUUCUCUCUACAAUGUGAUGGAGUUACGUUGGAUAAUUUUGCAGAACUGAAAACCAUUGAAAAUUUGAAGGACAAUUCUGUUAUUAAAGUUGUUGAGGAGCCUUACACUGUUAGAGAAGCCCGAAUUCAUGUACGACAUGUAAGGGACUUAUUGAAAUCGGUUGACCAAAAUGAUGCCUAUAUUGGAAUUGAUUGUAAUUCUUUGACUUGUCUCAAUGCUGUAUUUUCAGAAACACAUGAUCGUAAGAACCGUUCAAGAUUGGAGUCUACAGACUGUUCCCCACCUGAAUUUAUUUUACCAAAUUCUAAAGAACCACCUUUACUUUACUUGCAUCCUUCUAUUAAAGAACAAAAGGGGCCACAGUGCUUGAAAGUGAUGACAUACAGUGGCUGGAACCCACCUCCUGGUAACCGAAGAAUGCACGGUGAUCUCCUCUACUUACAUAUAGUCACACUGGAAGAUAAAAGGUUUCAUGUCACUGCUUCUACACGAGGUUUCUAUUUAAACCAAUGUACAGAAGAUGAAUUCAAUCCUAAAGUUGCCGCUCAAAAGCACUUAUCACAUUCUCUUAUUGAACUCCUGAAUCAAAUUAGUCCUUCUUUCAAAAGAAAUUUUGCAAUUUUACUCAAGAAACGAGCUCAAAAGCACCCGUUUGAAAGAGUGCCAACACCGUAUCAAGUGUAUAGUUGGGUUUCUCCCCAAAUGGAACAUACCAUUGAUUACAUUCGAGCUGAAGAUGCAUUUUCAACACGGUUGGGAUAUGAAGAACAUAUACCUGGCCAAACUCGUGAUUGGAAUGAAGAGAUUCAGACAACCAGAGAAUUAUCCCGAAAAACUUUACCUGACAGACUUAUUCGUGAAAGAGCUAUAUUUAAGGUAAACAGUGAUUUUGUAUCAGCUGCAACCCGAGGUGCUAUGGCUGUGAUUGAUGGGAAUGUUAUGGCCAUUAAUCCAGGAGAGGAUGCAAAGAUGCAAAUGUUUAUUUGGAACAAUAUUUUCUUCUCUCUUGGAUUUGAUGUCCGUGAUCAUUACAAAGAUUUUGGUGGAGAUGCUGCUGCUUAUGCUGCACCUGGAAAUGACCUUCAAGGAGUAAAAGCUUAUUUUGGAAUUGACCCUGAAGGUCUGUAUAUGCUUGGAACUAUUGUUGUAGAUUACCGUGGCUAUCGCAUAACAGGACAGUCAAUUAUUCCAGGUAUUUUGGAAAGGGAUCAAGAACAGUCAGUUGUUUAUGGAUCGGUUGACUUUGGAAAAACUGUUGUCAGUAAUCCAAAGUAUGAAGAAUUGCUCAAGAAAACUGCCCUUGCUCUUAAAAUUCAACCUCACAAGGUUGUAAAUUCUAAAGACGAAGAGAUUGAACUGUAUUCCUCAGUUGAAUGUAAGGGUAUUAUUGGAAAUGAUCAACGACAUUAUGUUCUAGAUCUUCUGAGAACAUUUCCUCCUGAUGUUAAUUUUCUUCCAGUUGAUGAAAAUGAAUUGAGCAAAGAAUUAAGGUCAUAUGGUUUUCCUCGUCCACAUAAACAUAAAUUGGCCUGCUUACGUCAGGAAUUAACAGAAGCAUUUGUUGAAAACAGACACAUGAUAUUUGUGAGGAAUGCAGCAUUGGAAUUCAAAGCAAAAAGAGAGAAAAGUGACAAACAGUCGGAAGAUAAGAAACAGGCAAAUUCUGUGAUAAAAACUGAUUCCAUAACUGAAGAAAGUGCAACAGAUGUAGUGAAAAAAAUUGUUGAAGCACUUAAUGGCAAUAAUGAAACAUUUGUUGAAAAUGGUAAAGAAAUUAUAAAGAAGGCUGCUAGCUCUGUUGGUUCAUUGUCUGAUUCAGAAUUUUCAAUUGCAUUUAACCCAGAUGUAUUUCAACCCCACGUAAAUCAUACAGAAGCUGAUACUCAUCAAUUAGAAAAAGAAAAACAAUUAGUGAAAGAUGCUGCAGAAUUUCUUGUAUUGCACCAUAUUCCUUCUUUUGUAAAUGAUUGUCUGGACCACACUACAUCAAUUAUUGAUGGAACCUCUUUAACAGAUGCUAUGCACCAUCGAGGAAUUAAUAUACGAUACCUGGGAUGUGUAGCUGAUACAAUUUCUAAAUGUCCUCAAAUAUCUUACCUGUAUACAAUUGCUGUUGCAGAAUUGGUAUGUUUGUCUGCAAAACACACUUUCAAGGCAUAUAUGCAAGGAGUUGCUCAGAUGCAUUUGUCAUCAUCUCUUAGCCAUUUUCUUAAUUGUUUUCUUGGAUCCUUCCAAUCACCUAAUGCACAAGUAGCAAUUGAAGAUCUUCAAAAGAAUUCUAGAAAGAAGAAUAAAAGGAAAAACAAAAGUGGAAUUCUCUAUGUUCCAGAUAACACUGAAUGGUUAAACGAGACUCCAAAAAGUUUGUGGAAGCGCAUUGUUAAUGACGUACAUGAGUAUUAUCAUUUUACUGUAGAAAGUGACUCUGUGGAUUCACUUGUAGAAAAGUAUGGCAUACAAAAAAUAUCCUUGUUGCGGUCCAUUUGCAGGAAAUGUGGAAUUCAAAUUCUGUUAAAAGAUUAUAACUUUGACUCUAAGAACAGACAAACCUUUUUUGAGGAUGAUAUUGUAAAUGUAUUUCCUGUCAUUAAAUGUGUCCAUCCAAAGGCUAGUGAUGCUUAUCAUUUUUUCACAAGUGGUCAAAGUAAAAUUCAGCAAGGACUUUUAAGAGAAGGAUAUGAUUUAAUUAGUGAAGCACUAAACCUGUUAAAUAACGUCUACGGUGCAAUGCAUCCAGACAUUGCUGCUUGCCUACGGUUACUUGCACGACUCAACUAUAUCAUGGGAGAGUAUUCUGAGGCUCUUUCCUAUCAACAAAGGGCAGUUCUUAUGAGUGAAAGAGUAUUAGGCAUUGAUAACGCUAAUACCAUCACAGAAUACGCCCACCUUGCUCUUUAUUGUUUUGCCAACAAUCAAAUAGCAAAUGCCUUAAAGUUGAUCUAUCGAGCGAGAUAUUUAGCUUUAAUAUGUCAUGGUGAAAAUCAUCCUGAAGUGGCCUUAUUUGAUAGCAAUAUUGGUUUGAUUUUACAUGCUGCCGAAGAGUAUGAUCUAUCCUUACGGUUCUUAGAAAAAGCUUUAGAACUGAAUAUUAAAUUUUAUGGUGCAAAAAGUUUGAAAGUUGCGAUGGGUCACCAUUUAGUUGCUCGAACACGCUCUUGUAGAAGUGAUUUUAGAUCUGCUCUACAGAGUGAAAAAGAAGCCUAUGCAAUUUAUAAACAAGUUCUUGGUGAGGAACACGAGAGAACCAAAGAAAGUUCUGAAUGUUUAAAACAUUUGACUCAACAAGCUGUAGUUUUUCAAAAGAAAAUGAAUGAAAUCUGCAAAGGAGAAAAAAGCAUAAAUUUUGCUCCUCUUCAGAUACAGACUCCAUCUAUUCAGAGUGUUCUUGACACUUUAAAUGUCAUUAAUGGUAUUGUGUUUGUCCAAAUAAGCCCUGAAGAUAUUGAACGCUUCCGGUUAGAAAUGUUGAAACGUUCUCAACUUGGUACAAAUGCUGAUUCCAGUGAAUUACUUAAAAAUGGUGUAGCAGAGGACUUAGAAUCAGGUAAUGAAGUGAAAAAAGAAAAAUCUGAAGAUAUAACUGGACUUACAAAUGGAAAUCUAGAUUGUUCACAUUUGACAAAAGAAGUUCUGAUAACAGAAGGAUGAUACAACUUAAAAUAUUUCACAAUUAUUUAAUUGUUCUAAUCAACCCAUGAACUGAAAUCUAAAUCUUGUCUCUAAUUCAUGGUUUAAUUUAGUUUUUUAUUGGUUUUCUUUAGAUUUUGGAAUGUGUU